AUAAAAAACCCCAACUGAGUCUUACAAACGAUAAACAGAAGGCAUAGGUACAACUACCGUUGUUAAUUAAGAAAUGACAUGGUUUAAACUUUUAUAACAUUAAAGUUAGAUUAACUUCUAUUUCAAAAUAUUUACAUUGGCUAUACUCCAUAUUUGCAUUCAGGUAUUUGGAAAAUUGAAGUUUACAUGUAUAUGGAGAUAUACAAGUAUGAUUUAUUUUAACUUUUUUUUCAUGUAGUACACUGCAAGAUGUAGAUAAUAUUAAGGUUGGAACGCGGACACAAGAGUAUCAGGAUAUAUAAUUCCCUAAAUUAAAUAGAAUUCUGACAGAGGUUCAGAAGACGCCCUGCGAAAAAGCUAAAUUUGAGAAUAGAUGACAGCAGGCAACAUAUUUUAGGUGCACUGCAAGGUGUAGACUAUAUUAAGGUGUGAUGGCGGACACAAGAGUAUCAGGAGAUAUAAGUGUUGAUGUGAUGAUAAAGCAUUUUGAUUGCAAACAUACGGGUUUCUUAUCAAAAGAGGGGACAGGAAUACUAAGCUGGAGCAAAUGGAUUUUGAAAUAUUUCAUCAUCUCAAGAGGAGCAAAAGAAGGCUGUGUAUGGAACUUACAUUGCUUUGAUAAUGAUUUGUCAAGUAAGCAAAGUUGGUCGAUAUCGAUGCGAGAAGUAGAAAGCAUCCUGGAAUACAACAAGGGCAUAGUGGGGAUAAGAAUAAUAUUCAUUGAUCACAAGACACCGGAGCUGAUACUAAAAUGUGAUACUGCAAAGAAUAGAGAGAUAUGGUUGGAGAUGUUUAAAGAGGCCCAUGCAGAAAGUCAGCCAUUAUCUACCGACAGUGGCUUCGGAAGCGGCGGCUCCAUCCCGAGCAGGAAUUCAAGACGUUUUGAUAAUCAAAGAGAUAGUGAAUACAUGUAUUCUAGAGUAAGGGAAAUUUAUGAUGAAAUUAAAGGUAAAGAUGAUGUCUUGCGCAGACCUGCAGUAAAAUCUGUAACUGAGAAGUUAACGAUGAGUAAAAAUCGAAACAAAGUGAUAAUUGACAACGGCAAAGAUAUGCCUGAUCUAGUAACGAAUGAAACUUUUUUGAAAUACGGAGAUGGCCUACGGGUAUUUGGAACGAAAGGUAAGAAUUCAUAUAUUAAACACAAAUUUAAAGGGACUUACAAAAAAGCAUUGGAGACGGUGUAAUUAUGAUAGUUUUCUAAUAACCAUAUUGAUUCACAUGCUGGAAACAUUCCUUACAUAAUAUUUGUAUUUGCCUUAUGUGUAACAUUUUACUAAAAGUCGUGACUAGCAAACAA